CAGACUUUGUUUAUCUUCCAGGCUGUUUGUUUGAAAUGCACUCCGACUAGUUCACUCUCGCCCCCCUUAAGCGUUUGUUAUUGAACUCUUCCCAGCCGUAAACGCUGAGAAGAGCGCGAAACCUUUGCGCUUCACCCCCUUCACUCUGUAGCAUUUCUGGCCUUUUUGUGAUUCAAUUUCAUAUUUUUUUGUGUGUUGUCUUCGGCUGACACCGUGUAGCACGAAAAAAAGAAGGCCAGGACUCCCGAUUUUCUCUCUACAUCACGUGCCACUUGUCAAAACACUUUUUUAAACUAAACAGCUUGUUGUGCCGACGUCUGGCUAGCAGUUUUGUGGGAAUUUGUUGCAGCUUGCUCGACAGUACGAGUGCAGGAUUUUUUUAAAUCGAGCAUUUGAGCGUCAUGGCGACUGAAGUGGAUACGUGGUCCAACGCUCCAGAAGCCGACGGGAUGUUCUCUUUUGACCACAACCUGGCAGAGGCUAACCAUCCGUACAGCGGUGACGAAGACGUGCUGAAUGAAGCGGAGGUGAACGGUAACUGGACACCUCAGGAGAAGGCACUCCACGAGGCCCGGCUCAAAGCCAAAGCCAAGCGUCGCCUGCGCAAGUCCUCAUCUCGCAACUCCACCAGCGAGUCCUUCUCUGAGUCAGGAGAUAUGGCAGGAACUGACCCAAACAGUCCAAAGGGCAAAGUCAACACCAAUGACCGCAAAUCCAGGACGGGAAAAGGCAGAGGCCUGCCAAAAAAAGGUGGGGCAGGUGGCAAAGGAGUUUGGGGAGCUGCUGGGAUGGUUUAUGAAGAUGAGGAGCCUGAUGUUCGGGACCCCAACUAUGAUGAAUCUGCUCAGGGGGACACAGUUUAUGCAACAGUUGUGCCCGAGGUAGAUGAGAAGGAACUGGAAAAAAUGGUCAACCCAAUUGUACAGGAGUACUUUGAACAUGGAGACACAAAAGAGGUCCAGAUGUUGCUGAAGGGACUCAACUUGGGCCCACACAAGUAUGAGUUCUCCUCCCUGGCUGUGUCCCUGUCUCUUGAAGGUAAGGCCAGUCACAGAGAGCUGACCUCCCGCCUGCUGUCUGAUCUGUCGGGCAAGCUGCUGUCACAAAGUGACAUGGCCCGCGCCUUCGACAAGAUCCUCAAAGAGCUGCCAGACCUUAUUCUGGACACACCCGAGGCUCCUCAGAUGUUAGGCCAGUUUAUAGCCAGAGCCAUAGCGGACCACAUCCUCCCCAUGUCUUUCCUGGACUGCUACAAGGGCAAAGUGGACUGUGAGCAUGCCAGAGUGGCUUUAGAUCGUGCCGCGGUGCUGCUGACCAUGAAGAGGGAGAUGGUUCGUCUAGAUAAUGUGUGGGGUGUGGGUGGAGGCCUGAGACCUGUCAAACUUCUCGUCAAAGAGAUGAACCUCCUGCUUAAGGAGUUCCUGGUAUCAGGAGACGUGACGGAGGCAGAGCGCUGUCUGCGGGACCUGGAAGUCCCACACUUCCACCAUGAGCUGGUCUAUGAGGCUAUAGUGAUGGUGCUGGAGUCAACAGGAGACACAGCCAGUCAUAUGAUGAUUAAGCUGCUGCAGUCCUUCUGGAAAACGGGCCUCAUCACUGUGGAUCAGAUGAACAGGGGUUUCCAGCGUGUUUAUGAUGAGCUCCCUGAAAUCAACCUUGAUGUUCCGCAUGCCCACUCUAUCAUGGAGACCUUUGUGGACCUCUGCUACCAGGAGUCUGUCAUCACCAAACAACUGAGGGAUGCCUGUCCCUCCAGAGGGCGGAAGCGUUUUGUAAGCGAAGGAGAUGGAGGAGUGAUCAAGAACUGAUCUACAAGAAGAAGAGGAAGAGCAGCAGCGGCAGGAGAAGGGGUGUCUACAGGUUCUCACACCUGGUUUCCGCUGCAGCAUGUUUUCCCUGAAACCUGAGAAUGCUGGCAGUCUAAAGUUUGCUUGUUCCUCUUCUUAUAAUGUUGUCAUUACACAAACCAGCGUUGACGUUCGGUGAAAGUAGACUGAAAAGUGGCCUGGGCGUUCAGUUCCCUUCAUCUUGUUAAUCACUGUUUUUGACUCUUUUUUUUUUUUUUUUUUUUGUAACAAUAUUGUUUAUUUCUGUGGUUAAUGCGCCCAUCUUGCCUCAGUCUCUGUACCUGUUCCUAAUAAUAAUGAUAAUAAAAGUCAGAGCGGCAGAUAGACAUGGGGGACAGGCUGGGGAGUGGUGGAGAUGAAUUAGUUUGGUUUUGUUUCUUGCUUUGCUUCACCUGUUGCCAUUUGUGUAUUUUUUUUCUUUCCUGUAAUGUGCUAUAAAUGAAAAAAAGCACUUAAAAGACAGAGCAUAAUGUACAGUCAGUGAACACUUUGUAAUUUAGCUCAACAAAGAUUUAAAAAAAAAUUCCCUGCCACAAAUUAUUUUAAGGACAACAUGAUUUGUACCUUCUGGUUCAAGUUGAUCUAUGAUUUUUAUGAACAGGUGUUCAUUUUGUUUUUUUGCAUCUCGGUCUCUUAGGCCAAAUGUUCACUAGUUAAUGCACAGCAGGCAAAGCAAAAAGUGUUGGGCACUGGUUGGGAGUUUAUUUGAAACUAGCAUUAGGGCAAAUAUACUUCGAAAGCCCUUUUUGAAAAAUAAGAAUAAAUUGGGGUUAAUGUUUCUUAAAAAAAAAAAUUAAAUAAACAGCAAUAUUUUGAGCACUCUUCACUUUUCUUACAAUGAAUCAAUCUGCAGCUCACAUGGUCAGCAGUGGAUUCUGGACAGGCAAUCUUACAAUAUGAUGCCACACCUUCUAUACAGAGCAGGAUUAAUCUAGAAAUUGUCUUUAAAUUCUGAAUCUGUUUGUGUCUGUGAAAUGGCAACCCCAGCUUUUUUUUGUUUGUUUUAGAAGAUAUGUUAAUCAUAUUCAGAUUGACUGCCGCUGUCUGUAACUGUUUCACAUGUUGACCAAAGUUUUAAAGAUGUGGCUAAGAAAUAUAUUUCAUUCAUUAAAAAGCAACAAAAUGGA